AGUUAUGUUUUUAAUUAUUAAAAAAAUAUAUUAUUAUUAUUAAAUAUAUUUUUUAAUAUUUUAUUAUUGAUUCCGGUUCAACUCCGGUUUGACCCGGUUGAACCCAUCGACCCCCGACCCCCGAGCUUCAUCAGGUCAAUACCCAGGCCGGGUCUGACUACCUUGGUUGAGAGAGAGAGAGAGUUAGUAUUGAAUUGAAUGUUCAACACUAGUGAUAUGAUUUGUCACGAGCUACUCAGGAUGAAAAUGGUUGCAUUCAAUAGUUUGUGCAAUCACUUACGUGGUUAUGGGUUAUAGCUCGUAGGCGAUUUUUUGAGUGUUGAAGAGCAAGUAGCUAUAUUUGUGCACACAGUUGGCCAUGACCACCGCAACAGAGUUGGAAGUUUUACAUUUUUUAGGUUUGGCCAAACUAUUAGCUACUAUUUCCAUAGAGUGUUAAAUGCAUGUCUUAACUUCUAUAGAGAUUUUGUCAAAAAUGCCAAAGCUCAAAACUCCCCAAAUGAUAAGCAGAAUAUCCAAGAUUGGUUCCAUUACUUUUAGGUUGGAUGCUUAUACAUAUAAGAUUUUUUUUUUUUUUAUAAUUUCUGUUAGGCUAGAUAUUUAUCAUUAAAAAAAUAAAUUGUACCUUUAAUAGGACGUUGUGGGUGCUAUAGACGGUACUCACAUUGUUGGUAACGUCCCUAAGGAGGAGCAACCUAGGUAUCGGAAUAGAAAACAAGUCAUUUCUCAAAAUGUUUUGGUGGCAUGUUCAUUUGAUAUCAGGUUUACCUAUGUGCUUGCUGGUUGGGAAGGAUCAACACAUGAUGGCCGGUUGUUAAGGAGUGCAAUCUCACGGCAAGGAGAUAGGUUGACAGUUCCUCUAGUAAAUACUACCUUGGUGACGCGGGGUUCCCCUUAUUCCCUGGUUUUCUUACACCCUAUCGGGAUACACGGUAUCAUCAUAGAGACAUUCAAGGUGUACUUCCUGAGAAUCACAAAUAACUAUUCAACUUUCGACACUCAUCUCUUCGUAAUGUUGUUGAGAGGACUAUCGGCUUGUUGAAAAAGAGGUUUGCCUAUCUUAAGCAUCAACCCUUUAUGACAUAGAUACACAAUCAAAGAUCGUUCUUGCAUAUUGUGCCUUGCAUAACUUCUUGCGUAUUGAUGCUUCAGAUGAUCUUUGUAGUGAUGACGAGAUUAGCUACAAUGAAAUAGACCCUCGUAUGUCGAUGUACCUGAAGACACAUGUUAAUGCAAAUCUCAAAAUGAUAUCUGAAGCAGCAUGGACCAACCAUAGAGAUUCACUGUCCAAUAUUAUGUGGGCUAAUUUUGACGCUAGUAGUUACAAUGUGAUCUAUUACGAUUAAUAAAUUUGCUAUGUUAUGUUUUAAAUUUCGACACCUAAUUUUAUGUUACUUUAUUGCAUAACUAUAUAUUAUGCAUUUAUGCACUUUUAAUUGCAUAUUUCAAAUGUUUAUGCUAUUUUUUGUCAUAAGUUUAUAUUACACACUUAUAUUACUUUUAAUUGCACAUUUGAACGACACGUGCUAUGCUAUGCCAUUGAUUUUUAAAGUGAAUCAUAAAAUGGGAAGUCGACGAUUUGGCAAUCAAGCCUCAUUUACAGUUCCUAGACCUGCUACAGUCUCAAGCUUCUCUGCACUUGAUGUUGAGGAAAUCACUCCAGCUUUUUCCUAAGUAGAAAUAAAAAAAAGCAAGUGCGUUGGUCAGACGAUAUGGAUCAAACUCUUAUAGAUACCCUUUUAGAGGUGGUGCUUGUAGGGCCAAGAAGAACAGAAAGUGGAUUUAAGGCUGACGAGUGUACAAAAGUUGUCAACAAAGUACUUGAACGUUGCCAAGUGGUUCUUAUAGUUGUUCAUGUGAGGGCUAGGAUGAAGACUCUCAAAAUUGAGUUCAAGGAGAUCACUGAGUUGUUUAUGACAAGUGGGUUUGGGUUGGAUGCGAACGGACAAAUAACAGCGGAUCCUCUUGUUUGGGAGAAGCACCUUCAAGAUAAUCCAAAUGCAAACAAUUUGAAGGGAAAAUUAUGCCCUCGCUAUUAUGACUUAUUACAAUUUUUUGCAAUGACAACGCAACUGGAGAUCGAGAUAUCACGGGGAAUGACUUUGUACAAAUCAAGGUUGUCAGACCCGGAUUGGCCCGGCCGGUUCAACCGAAAAAAUCGGGAAUCGGUCAUGUGGUCGGUCCGGAUAUAUCCCAUUGAACCGGGUAUUAAAAAAUCCGGUGUCAAUCCAGUGAUUCGGGCGGUUCAAACGGGAACCGGUUGACCCGGCCGG